AAGAGACCUACUGACAGCAUGUUCAAAAAUGGACGGACUCUUCACAGUUUUGCUAAGACGGCUUUACUUGAUGAAAUAGUAGAUCCCAUGCUUCUACCUAGCAACAGCAGAGAAAGACAAGAGGCCGAGGAAGAAGGAGUACUUAUCAAUCAAGAUGAUACUAGUAUAAAACAAGCGCAGGAAUGCUUAGUCUCGAUAAUACAGAUUGGAGUUGCAUGUUCAGCUGAAUCCCCGAGAGAAAGGAUGGAUAUCGGGGAUGUUGUCAAGGAACCUCAACUAAUUAGAGACAUUCUCCUUGCUUUUCAUGCAAUUCACAGCUCAACCAGCGGGAGCUUGAGGUUCGAAGGGUCUUCCAGUAGUUCUGUUACUAGUAACUGGCAAAAUUUCACAUCAUUUCGUCUGCCUUGAUAUUUUUGGUGAAAAACUCGAGAUGUCAAUGCAUACUUGUA